AGUGGACACCCGGACCGUCGUGCAGAUCAGAGGAGUCGUCGUGCAUCCGGCAGGUCAAGAUUGGAUGGCUAUGUGAACAAUUGUGGGCUGAUCGCGCAAUUCUUGCAGUGGUGUUGCACAAAUUGAAUGCAUAAUGCAGAGCGAGAACUCGUUGUGCAGAAGAGCUAUAGAGCUCAGCUAUUGGCCAGCUGUAUAUGCCCGUUCAGGGCUUGGUGGGUCUACGAACGAUCCUGGCCUCAGGGCUUCCAGCUUCUUGGCAUUGAAGAGACUCUUUGCAGAGUGGAUGAAUGUCCAGUUGGUUUGGCAAAGUCUCUCAGAGAGCAUUCGCUGAAGCGCAUCAAAGCAACAAGUCAAUGCCCGCCAUGGAAGCCAAGAUAGACUCGAUCGAUGAGCCAUCACCAUGCCCGACAACGGAAGAACUCGAUCAGAUCUGGCGCUGGAACGCCGAAGUCCACGAGUCCAUCUCUGCAUGCGUGCACGACAAGAUCGCAGCGAACAAGCCAGACGCGUUGGCUGUGCACGCUUGGGAUGGCGACUUGACAUAUGCUCAGCUCAAUGCAUUCGCAGACCAGCUAGCGGUCAGGCUUAUUAGCAUAGGAGUAGCGCCGAGGUCAAACAUUCCCCUGCUGUUCUCGAAGUCGAAAUGGGCUUGUGUAGGUAUGCUGGCCGUCAUCAAAGCUGGAUGUGCCGCUGUCACGCUCGAUGCCAAUCAUCCCGAUGCUCGCUUGCGUUCGAUAGUCGAGCAAUUGCAGCCCAGUCUGCUUGUAUGCUCUGCUGGUCAUCAGGAGCGAGCGUUAGGUUUGGGCGUCGAAGAAGUGGUUCUGAUUGACGAGAACUGCUUCGAAACGCGGGGCGGGCUCGACGACGAAUCUCCAAGCCUGCCAAAGGUCAGCCCGACAGAUAUCGUGUAUAUCUCGUUCACUUCGUAUGUUUGA